CUAUGGCGAGGCCCCUCCGCGCCACCGGGCCGGCCCCACGCCGUGCCCGGAGCCUGCCCCGUGGCCAGGAGACGCGGGUCUCUGAGCCCGCCUGAGCGACCCCGUGGAGAUGACGGCCCCCUACCCCGGCAGUGGCGGCGGAGGCGAGGUCAAGUGCGGGGGAGGCCGUGGCGCCAGCGUCCCGUGGGACUUUCUUCCCGGGCUGAUGGUCAAGGCUCCGCCGGGACCCUGCCUGCAGGCGCAGCGCAAGGAGAAGUCCCGUAACGCGGCGCGCUCGCGGCGUGGGAAGGAGAACCUGGAGUUCUUCGAGUUGGCCAAGCUGCUCCCGCUGCCCGGCGCCAUCUCAAGCCAGCUGGACAAGGCGUCCAUCGUGCGCCUUAGUGUCACCUACCUCCGCCUGCGACGUUUCGCUGCGCUCGGGGCGCCGCCCUGGGGGUUGAGGGCUGCGGGGCCGCCGGCUGGCCUGGCGCCAGGCCGCCGGGGCCCCACCGCACUGGUCUCCGAGGUCUUCGAGCAACACCUGGGAGGACACAUCUUGCAGUCCCUGGACGGCUUCGUGUUCGCCUUGAACCAGGAGGGGAAAUUCCUCUACAUCUCCGAGACCGUCUCCAUCUACCUGGGGCUCUCACAGGUGGAGCUGACGGGCAGCAGCGUCUUCGACUACAUCCAUCCUGGGGACCAUUCCGAGGUGCUGGAGCAACUGGGGCUGCGGGCCCGCACCCACGGGCCCCCCACCCCACCCUCCGUCUCCUCCUCCUCUUCUUCCUCUUCCUCCUCGCUUGCGGAUACUCCUGAAGCCGAGGCCAGCCCCACUGCGGCGCCCCCCUCUCGCGUCCAGGAGCGCUCCUUCUUCAUCCGCAUGAAGUCCACCCUCACCAAGAGGGGGCUGCACGUCAAGGCUUCGGGGUACAAGGUCAUCCACGUGACCGGGCGCCUGCGGGCCCGCGCCCUGGGCCUUGUGGCCCUGGGCCACACGUUGCCCCCCGCCCCACUGGCUGAGCUGCCUCUGCACGGACACAUGAUCGUCUUCCGUCUCAGCCUGGGUCUCACCAUCCUUGCCUGUGAGAGCAGAGUCAGUGAGCACAUGGACCUGGGCCCCUCAGAGCUGGUGGGUCGCAGCUGCUACCAGUUUGUCCAUGCACAGGACGCCACCAGCAUCCGCCAAAGCCACCUGGACCUGCUGGACAAGGGCCAGGUGAUGACUGGUUACUACCGCUGGCUGCAGCGCGCAGGUGGCUUUGUGUGGCUGCAGUCCGUGGCCACCGUGGCUGGGAGUGGGAAGAGCCCCGGGGAACACCAUGUGCUCUGGGUCAGCCACGUGCUCAGCCAAGCCGAGGGUGGCCAGACACCUCUGGACGCCUUCCAGCUUCCAGCCAGCGUGGCCUGUGAGGACGCGUCCAGCCCCCGGCCAGAGCCCACAGAGCCAGAGCCUCCAGUGCAAGGGAAGAAAGGGAAGCAGGCGGUCCCCCGGGAAAAGGAGGAGGCACCCCAGACACGCAGCAAACGCAUUAAAGUGGAGGCUGGCCAGAGGGAAACUACAGGCUCCGAGGACAGCGGGGAGGAGGAGCCGUCAGGCCAUCCAGCACCCCGGCCUGAGUUCACCUCUGUCAUCCGGGCCGGGGCUCUGAAACAGGACCCUGUGCGGCCAUGGGGCCUGACACCUCCCGGGGACCCCCCACCUUCCAUCCUCCACGCAGGCUUCCUGCCGCCCGUGGUGCGGGGCCUGUGCACACCCAGCACCAUCCGAUACGGCCCGGCUGAGCUGGGCCUCAUUUACCCGCACCUGCAGAGGCUGGGCCCGGGGCCCGCCCUCCCCGAGGCCUUCUACCCCACCCUGGGCCUGCCAUUCGCGGGGCCCACGGGCACCAGGGUGCCGCGGAAGGGAGACUGAAGGCUGGGAGAGCGGCUGUAGAACUGGACCUGGGGCCGGGUGGGACCCCAAGAGGACCAGGCAUGGCUCUCGCCCCUCGGCAGCCCCUGAGAUUAAAUGCCUGCGCUCCUGGCUGUGGCUUGGUCUCCGGAAGAAGCGGCUCCUCCCACAUUUCCAGAUCCUUCCAGUGAUGUCCACCUGUGUCCGUCCCUGCCCCCCUCCCUCGGUUCCACC